AUGGUAUCUGAAUAUAGCCGUAACGGUGAUACUCAAAUGAUGUAUGAAGAAAGUGAAACUGACAAUGCAGAAGGAAAAGAAGAAGAGUAUGUUGUUGAGAAAGUUCUAGACCAUAGGGAGAACGGUAAUAUUACGCAGUUCCUUUUAAAAUGGGCUGGUUACGAUAGCGAAGAUAAUACUUGGGAAGAUGAAGAAAAUAUAUAUGCAAAGGAUCUAAUUGAAGAGUACUGGCAAAGACGAAAGGAUAGUAAAAAAUCAAACAACCAAAAAGGUUUGUCACAACUUGAAAAACAACUUACCAAUUCAACGAAAAAAACUACAAAUACAUCCCAACAGAAGACAGUACUAAGACGCAAGUAUGUGGAACAAGACGCUCAUGAUAGUGAUUAUUCAAUCGAUGAGGAAUAUCCACCGCCAUCAUUAACUAAUUGGGAAGAUGAAGUAGAAGAAGUCGAAACGGUUGAGCGAAGUAUAAAAGACAACGGCGGACUAUUGAUAUACCUCAACUGGAAAAAUGGACAUAGAACAGUACAUCCUGCAGCGGAAGCGAACUUGAAAUGUCCGCAAAAGUUACGUCAAUGGAUUGAAGUUCUUAUUUAG